GCGGUGUAAAUGCGCAGCUAACAGUUGAAUGCCAUCUGCAAAUCAAAACCGGAAGAAGAGAAAGCGACGCCUUAUAAGAAUUGCCAAGUUGUUGAACUUUUUGCUUAUUUCGAGCAUCGGUGAUUUCCUUGGAAACAAAACCCUCAAGUAAAAUGACAACCAUCAGGUUUGGCUCAACUUGCAGCCCUACUAAGACCUCAGCUGCAGAAACUGUUCCACGUUGGGAAGAACAGGCUGAUGCAACAGAUCCAUGUGACCCAAACAAGCUUCUUCAGUGUCCAUACGACAAGAAUCAUCAGAUCCGUGCUUGCCGCUUUCCCUACCAUCUGAUUAAGUGCAGCAAGAACCACCCAAAACUGGCCAGUGAAUUGAAAACUUGUCCUUUUAAUGCCCGUCACCUUAUGCCCAAGCAUGAGUUGUCACAUCAUAUUGUUAACUGUGUGGACAGAAGAUCUGUUAACACAGAAGACUUGGGCAAUGAGGUGCAAAAUAAAUGGCAGGUCCCUGUCAGCACCUGGACAAACCCAAACACUGAUGAAGAUUGGGAUGAAGAAGCCGAUGACGUCACACAAACCCCUUUUGUAUGGGGUGUGUCUACAACAUUUAUCAGGCCUGAGCCAGGCAUACACUGCCUAAAACCUGGACUACGGUCCCCAAAAGUUCUCCCAUGGAAGAUCUAAUUUACUGUCAUUUACAGAAUUUGCAUGCUUUUUGGUUUGCUUGAAGUUGUUUCUCCUCAGGUUGUUGUUUUUAUCUACCUGCAUAAUUGUUAUUUUUGCAAUGUGUUCUUAUUGCAACUUGUGUGCACUUACUGUCGAUUGAAUCAAUGCAAACUAUUUCUAAUACACUUUGGCAUUACUUUCAUUAUUGUCUGCUCUACAAAUCUCUGAAGUCGAUGUUGGCGGACCCAAUCAGAAAAGCGAAUAGGAAAAAUAUAUUCUAUUCCUAUUCCUCACACAAGACGUGUGUUGUCUGUAUGUCCUUGUGGUAGAACAGAUUGUCUGAUGAGUGCAUGGGUGAAGAGGGGAAUUCUUCACACAACACACAUUGAUCAGGGUGUUUACAUAUCCAAAAAGAACAGCCUUGUGGAGAUUAUGACUUGCCUUUCUUCAACACAGACUGAUGGGAGUGUGUUUUGUGGAUUCAUGGACUGAUAAAUGUGGAGUGUAUACAAAUUAAAGAGCGAAGUGUAGACAUG